GUUCCCAGCAGAGGAUGCCCCAGGCCCUGGAGCGCGCCGAGGGCUGCUGGGCCUGGGUGGUCCUGCUGGCCUCCGUGGUGGCCCAGGGCCUCACCCUGGGCUUCCCCACGUGCAUCGGCAUCUUCUUCACUGAGCUGCAGCGGGAGUUCCAGGCCAGCAACAGCGAGACCUCCUGGUUCCCCUCCAUCCUGAUGGCCAUGCUCCACGCAGGGGGGCCCCUGUGCAGCAUCCUGGUGGGACGCUUUGGCUGCCGAGCCACCGUGAUGCUGGGGGGCGUGCUGGCCAGCCUGGGCAUGGUGGCCAGCUCCUUCUGCCGCUCCCUCGGCCAGCUCUACCUCGCAGCAGGCUUCUUCACAGGCCUGGGCUUGUGCUUCAGUUUCCAGUCGACCAUCACCGUGCUGGGCUUCUAUUUCACCCGCCGGCGGGCACUGGCCAACGCUGUGGCUUCGGUGGGCGUCUCCCUGGGCAUCACACUCUGGCCGCUGCUGGCCCGCCACCUCCUGGAGGACCUGGGCUGGAGGGGCACCUUCCUGGUCUUCGGCGGGGUUUUCCUCCACUGCUGCGUCUGCGGGGCCGUCCUGAGGCCCGUGGCCCCCAGCGUGGCCCCCGCACCCAGAGGAGGCCCUUCGGUGCCCUCCAAGACCCCCGCGCCCGGCUGCCUGGCGGCAUGCGGCCGGGCCGUCCUGCGCCACCUGGCCUUCGACAUCCUGUGGCACAACGCGGGCUACCGGGUGUUCACGCUGGGCGUCACGUGGAUGAUCCUCGGCUUCCCGCUGCCCCAAGUCUUCCUGGUGCCGUACGCCAUAUGGCACGGGGUCGACGAGCACAAGGCCGCCCUGCUCAUCUCCAUCAUCGGCUUUAGCAACAUCUUCCUGCGGCCCAUGGCUGGGCUGGUGGCCGGCCGCCAGAACUUAGCCACGCACCGCAAGUACCUCUUCAGCCUCGCCGUUCUGCUCAACGGGCUCACCAACCUGGUGUGCACGGUGUCGGCCAGCUUCCGCGUGCUGGUGGGCUACUGCCUGGUGUACAGCGUGUCCAUGAGCGUGGUCGGCGCCCUCUUCUUCCAGGUCCUCAUGGACGUGGUCCCCAUGGAUCGGUUCUCCAGGGCCCUGGGCCUCUGCACCAUCCUGGAGAGCAUCUCCAUCCUCAUCUCCCCGCCAAUGGCUGGGUUUGUCCUGGACAACACCGACAGCGACUUCAGCUACGUGUUCUACAUGUCGAGCUUCUUCAUCGUCUCCUCCGCCCUCUUCAUGGGUGGCGGCUUCUGUGCGCUUCAGAGGAAGGAGAGGCAGGGCAGGCCGGCCGAGGCCGAAGCAGCCAUCCCGGAGGCCGCCCCGCUGCGGGCCCUCACCCGGGAGGACACCGGCAGUUCGGAGAAGCGGCCGUGCACCGAAGAAAUCAUGUAUGUGACCAGCGUCUGAGCCCCAGGAUCACACGUGUGACCGGCAUCUGAACCCCGAGGUCAGUGAGCGAACACUGCCUCCGCCCAGGAACGGGAUGUCCUGCUGUUUCACCGCGUGAAGCCCGAACCAAAGGCCGUCCCGUCCCGCCCCGCACGUCGGGACUCAGCCAGGAGCUGGCCUCCGAAGACUCAGGGUUCCUUCCGAGGAGCAGAAUCCAGGAGCCGGUCCUCCUGACAUUUUCCCUUGGGCACCAGGGUACGAGGGGCCCAGGAAGGUGGGUCUGAGCUCUGCUUGGGUCUCUCACGGCCGACCGGGCUCAGCUGGCUGCCCACUGCCGCUGCUACAGCUCAACACACCGGGCCUUCGGGUCCAGCCUGGAUGCUUCUGAGGUGACCUCUCUGUCCUUCUCCAGCUCCAGACAGUUCCAAAGAGCUCACCUGUCCUAAGCCCUCCGGCCUCCCUUCCUCCCUGUGGCCCAGCCCUUGCCCUCGGGGCUGCCCCCAGCACAGGUUGCUGGGCCUCCCACUGACUGGGACUUGGGAAGAAGGGCCUUGGGAGAGAAUUGGUGGUGGCCUGCAGCCCUGGAUGGCCAAGCUGCGGAUGAGCCUGCAUCAGGGUUCGGACAGAUUAAAUGUCGGUGGAGCACCUGUCCUGGCGUCUGUGCGGAGAAUCGGAGGGGAGCUCCUGACUUGGGUCCUCGAAUCAGUGAAGUCUGAGGAACCCCCUGCACAGUCGGCAGAGCCCGCUCCCGGGUCUCAUUCCUGUGCCCCACCUGGUAUUUGACCGGGAAGAUUAGUGCUGGGGUUGGUGAGGGAAGCCAGGCAUUUGACUGAGCAGGGAGGGUCCGAUUGCUAGGCAGGGCCCAAGGGCCUCUGUGAAAAUAGAGCUGCCUUCGCGACAGAAGCCCUUCUACUCCCCUCUCCUGCCCUCCUCGUCUCCCCGCUGUGUCAGAGGCGUCAGCCCUGGGUGAGUAGCUGGCUGGGCCAGCUGCCAGUCCCCCCCUGCUGUCCAUGGGCCUGUGUUUGGCCUGGAGGUCAGAGCUCUCCCCACACACCCUUUGCUGGUGCCCUUCCUUGAGGUCAUCACUGUGGGGGGCUGGCUGUCAUUGGCCCAGGCUUGUCCCAGCAGGGUCCCAGCUGAGGCAACCGAAAAAGUUUGUUUGAAUUACACACAGAAAUGUUUCCUGCUGCAGAUUAUAAACCCCGGGAACUAAUGAAGCAGGAACACGGGCCUGGAGGAGGCCUCCUCCCCACUCAGUCCUCCCAGCUUAGCAGGGGCUGUUCACGCCCAGGGCCUUGUUUGUUGAUUCUGGCUCAACCAGGCUCCAACGAGAAAACCUUAUCAGGAGGAUUGAUUUUAUUUUCAUAGCCUUCCUCCUCCACAAGUCCAGCUGGCCUGAGUAAGCAUCCUUGGGGUUGUCCUAUCCUCUCCAGGACCCUGCUACGAGUGCCCCCUUAUGGCCAAAAGAAGUAAUGCAGAGGCGAAGCAAAGGGGCUUGGCUGGGAUAGUGG